UCUUCGGUCUGCUGCUGAUAUUCUAAUGCACGGAGCCAAAAUCAAGCACAGAUUAUGCCAUCGCAACUCAUCCUUUUAGAACAUGCGGACCUAGUGAUAAUACAAAUGGCAUGGGCAUAGACGCAGAGCCUCAUCCUACAUACAGAAACAUCUUCUUGUAGGCAGGAAUUCUAUUUUCCUCAGUCACUUUAGAUGGCAGAUCUUGACCAAGGAGGAGCAGCAGCCUCUCCCCGAGUGUAGCAGCUCUUCAAAACGCAAAGGGAUUAGAUCUGAGAAAGCGCAGGUGUGGUGCUUUCUGAUGCCCUUUUGCAGGGGGUGAGGUUAUUUCUAACGGGGAAAGUGUUAGGACUGUCAACCGAUGUAAAUUGAGGGACACUUCUGAUAGUAAGUGGUGAAGAAGGAAAAACAAGCUGCAAACUGUGACACUCAGGAGCUCUCGCGCAAACAUAUCACUGGAUUCUACAUUGAUACCUCAAGAAAAAUGUCAUCUCAGACGAAGAUUAAGAAGGACAAGGAGAUAAUUGCGGAGUAUGAAACGCAAGUGAAAGAGAUCCGGAAUCAACUGGUCGAGCAGUUUAAGUGUCUGGAGCAGCAGUCAGAGGCUCGGAUCCAGUUGCUGCAGGACCUACAAGAGUUUUUCCGACGCAAGGCAGAGAUUCAGCUGGAGUAUUCUCGCAGUCUGGAGAAACUGGCCGAGAGGUUCUCAUCAAAGAUUCGCGGCCCAAGGAAAGAACAGCACCUUCUGUCUUCAGUAAACUGCUGGUAUCUGGUUUUAAAUCAGACUCGAAGAGAAAGCAGAGAUCACGCCACACUUAACGACAUCUAUGUGAAUAAUGUCAUCGUUCGCCUGGCUCAGAUCAGUGAAGACGUCAUUCGGCUCUUCAAAAAGAGUAAAGAAAUUGGCAUUCAGAUGCACGAGGAGCUAGUGAAAGUGACAAACGAACUGUACACUGUGAUGAAAACGUAUCACAUGUACCACACGGAGAGCAUCAGUGCAGAGAGCAAGCUUAAGGAGGCCGAGAAACAAGAGGAGAAGCAGUUCAGCAAGUCUGGAGACCUCAAUGUCAACCUCCUACGCCAUGAAGACCGACCCCAGCGCCGCAGCUCAGUAAGGAAGAUUGAGAAGAUGAAGGAGAAGAGGCAAGCCAAGUACUCUGAGAACAAACUGAAAUGCACGAAAGCCCGCAACGACUAUUUAUUGAACCUGGCAGCUACCAACGCAGUCGUGGCAAAAUAUUACAUCCACGAUGUUUCAGAUAUGAUUGAUUGCUGUGACCUCGGUUAUCACGCUAGCUUGGCCCGCACAUUUAGGACAUACCUAUCUGCGGAGUAUAACCUGGAGACCUCUCGGCAUGAAGGUUUGGACAUCAUUGAGAAUGCAGUGGACAACCUGGACCCCCGUAGUGACAAGCACAAGAUCAUGGACAUGUACAAUCAGGUCUUCUGCCCGCCCAUGCGCUUUGAGUUCCUGCCACACAUGGGAGAUGAGGUGUGUCAGGUGAGCGCCCAGCAACCAGUGCAGACAGAACUUCUGAUGCGUUAUCAUCAGCUGCAGUCCCGUCUUGCCACGCUCAAGAUUGAGAACGAGGAGGUACGCAAAACCCUGGAUGCCACCAUGCAGACCUUACAAGACAUGCUGACAGUGGAGGACUUUGAUGUGUCAGAUGCCUUCCAGCACAGCCGAUCCACUGAGUCCAUUAAAUCUGUGGCUUCCGAGAGCUACAUGAGCAAGUUAAACAUUGCGAAGAGGAGAGCCAAUCAGCAGGAGACGGAAGUCUUCUACUUUACUAAAUUCAAGGAGUACCUGAAUGGCAGUAACCUCAUCAUUAAGCUGCAGGCCAAGCAUGACCUGCUGAAGCAGACUCUGGGGGAAGGAGAAAGAGCCGAAUGUGGAACUACAAGACCCCCAACCCUUCCCCCGAAACCACAGAAAUUGCGGAAACCAAGGCCUCGCUCCAUCUAUACCCAUAAGCUGUUUAAUGGCAAUAUGGAGAGUUUCAUUAAGGAUUCAGGUCAACCCAUUCCUCUGGUUGUGGAGAGCUGUAUUCGAUACAUAAAUCUAUAUGGGCUGCAGCAACAAGGCAUAUUCCGAGUUCCUGGAUCUCAGGUGGAAGUCAAUGAUAUUAAGAAUUCAUUUGAGAGAGGUGAGGACCCACUGGUUGAUGAUCAGAGCGAUCAUGACAUCAACUCAGUGGCAGGUGUUCUGAAGCUAUAUUUCAGAGGGCUGGAGAACCCUUUGUUCCCCAAGGAACGCUUCCUGGAUCUGAUCUCCACCAUCAAGCUUGAAUCAUCUGCAGAAAGAGCCCACCACGUCCAGCAGAUAAUCGUCACCCUUCCUCGCACCAUCAUCAUCGUCAUGAGAUACCUGUUUGCAUUUCUUAAUCACUUGUCCCAGUACAGUGAUGAGAAUAUGAUGGACCCAUAUAACCUGGCCAUCUGUUUUGGACCCACUCUGAUGCCCAUCCCUGACGGUCAGGACCCCGUAGCCUGCCAGGCUCAUGUUAAUGAGGUUAUCAAGACCAUCAUCAUCCACCACGAGGUCAUCUUCCCCAGCCCUCGUGAGCUGGAUGGCCCUGUGUAUGAGAAAUGCAUGACUGGAGGAGAGGAGUACUGUGACAGCCCUCACAGUGAACCGGGCACCAUUGAUGAAGCAGACAACGGCACUGAGCCACACACUAGCGAUGACGAGGUGGAGCAGAUUGAAGCCAUCGCAAAGUUCGACUACGUGGGUCGGACACCUCGAGAACUGUCGUUUAAAAAAGGAGCAUCCCUUUUGCUGUAUCACCGUGCAUCUGAAGACUGGUGGGAGGGCAGACACAAUGGUGUGGAUGGGCUCAUACCUCACCAGUACAUAGUAGUACAAGACCUGGAUGAUGCAUUCUCUGAUAGUCUGAGUCAGAAGGCAGACAGUGAGGCCAGCAGUGGACCUUUACUGGACGAUAAAGCCUCAUCUAAAAAUGAUCUUCACUCUCCAUGUGAACCCUCGCCUGAUUACAAGUUCAGCGGGGUCAUGGGCAGGGUUAGGUUGCGUUCUGAUGGGUCUGCUGUCCCUCGGCGCCGCAGUGGCACCGAUUCUCACAGUCCUCCCCGUGACACGCCACCGCGGGCCGCCGCUUACCCCAGCAGCCCCCAUAAGGUGGCAGUCAGUAGAGGCCACAUUGAAAGCCCCGAGAAGAGACGUUUGGGAACAUUUGGCAGUGCGGGCAGCAUUAACUACCCUGAGAGAAAGGUCUAUCCUGAGGGUCACCCACUCAGGCCUGUCCCAGGAGCAACGAGACAUAGCAGCCUUGGAGAUCACAAGUCCUUAGAAGCUGAAGCCUUAGCAGAGGAUAUUGAGAAGACGAUGAACACUGCACUUCAUGAGCUCCGUGAAUUGGAACGCCAAAACACAGCCAAACAGGCUCCUGAUGUUGUUCUGGAUACCCUAGAACCGCUCAAGAACCCUGUGAGCUCCGAACCUGCAAGCCCCUUGCACACCAUCAUGAUUCGAGAUCCAGACGCAGCCCUGAGACGCAGCAGCAGCUCCACCUCCGAGAUGAUGACAACCUUUAAACCGGCGCUGUCCGCCAGGCUAGCCGGUGCCCAGCUCAGACCUCCACCAAUGAGACCUGUCCGACCCCCACCUACCCAACACCGCUCAAGCAGCUCCAGCUCCUCUGGGGUGGGAAGCCCUGCAGUCACCCCGACCGAGAAGAUCUUUCCAAACAAUGCAAGCAAUGUUGCAGCCUCCUCUGCCAACUCAGGCGAGAAACCAGAAACCAUGUAGCACCACCAGGUCCGUAGUGCGGUGGUAGCUACCUGCACUGGUGAGGGAUAGCCAAGGCAAUAUGCUCAUGUCCAGGCCAGGACGUAUAUUAUCAGAAAAAAGUUGUGCUCCCAAUUUUUUGUCUUUUUUUGUUUUCUUUUUCUGUUUUGAGCCUUGAAAAUUCUGGAAAUGCACACAGGUCGGAGCCGUUGCCUGGCGGUGAGCAUAUGUGCUCAGACACAAUGAGCCAUUGUGUGGGUGAUGCAGGUUCGUGUCUGGGUCAGGUCAUAUCGUUUCCCCCCGUCAUUUCCUAUCUUCUCUUUACUUUCUGUCAAUAAUAGUGGCAAAAAGCCUGAAAUAGAAUAGAAUAAAAAGGGUUAUCAGGGUGCAAUGGAAUGGAAAUUAUGAUGAAGUGAACUAUGUAUUAGAUGGAGGGUUGGGAAGAAAAUUCAGACAAAAAAAAAAAAAAAUGCCUCAACACAUCUCCUGUUUUGAUUUUAUUUAAAUUUUACCUCAGAAUUAAUGAUAAGUUUUUAAGACCAUAUUUUUAAGACUUAACUUUUUUUUAGCUUGAGCAAGAUACAAUGUAUUUCUCCUUGCACUGGUUGGCCAGAAGAGUUCUGUUAUUUAGGAGGGAAUAAUUUCCCUUUUUCUCAUUGGAGGACUUAGAUAGUCCAGUUCUUGAGAGAGGGACUGUACAUAUACUGUUAUAGAACCAAACUGUUAUUCAAAGAUUGUCUAACCUGGCCAGCUUACCUGUGAGCUGUUGUAAAUAGAAAUAUACUGUACUUGAACUUGUAAUGCCUUUUGUUUGUAGAAUAAGCGAUAUACAUCUAAGUAACAAAAUAGCCAAGCUGUAAACAUAUAUGAGAUGCAGAAACAAAACAAUAUACCAAUUAAUUUUAAGAAACCUGUGGUAAAAAAUUUAGUUUUACUCUGUAUAUACAUUUUGGGUAGAUUCUUUUUUUAAGUGUCAAUCUUGUACAGCCGAGGACAGAACAGGCAGAGAGACUAGAAUGGCUUUUAUCAAAACAAACAUUCACAUUUACAACCAAUAAGCAAACAAAUAAUGCAUCAAUAAAUGGAUUCUUAGUCUGAGCCAUUAAUAUUAGUUUGGGUAGUGUUUUGCUUAUUUCUUGUCUUUGUGUUUUUGUCUUUUUUUGGACCACAUCAGUUAAUACAUAAAACAUUCCUUCAUGCUUAAAUAAUACAUAGAGUUUAAAUGCAUAUACUUACUGUUAUAUACUUCAAUUACAUUCUUAUGAAGUUGUGUGGCUUUAGGCCAUGAGCUCAGUGUUAUUGGAAACAUCAAUCAAUUAGGCACAAUUUGUAUCCAACAAAAAUAUGCUCUCUCAACUGGUAAUAUCAAUACAACUAACAUUACCAGAUGUUUCUCAAGCGACCAAAGUGUUGAUAAAAAUUGCCCCAAAAGGUCAUAUUUUACUCCAAAAUCUAAAGAAAGAACUGCAUUCCCCCAAUUCUCAUUAAUGUAAUGCAAAAAUAAAAAUCUAAUCAUUAAUGUAAACAAAUAGUGAUCUAUUAUUUAAAUUGUAAAGGAUUUAUAUAUCAGUAUUAUUUCUUGUACUGCCUAUAAAUGAUGCUGAUCAUUGUAAUUUUUUACUAUAAUGAGAAUCAAAUACGAAUCACCAUUGAGAAUAAUGGGAAUUCCAAAAAAAAAAAACCCCAAAAAAACUCAAGUUAAAUGUCCGGAAGCUUUACGGUAUUGAGAGUUUAGUGGGAAAAUGUGCUUUAUUGUCAUUAAAAACAAUGUCACAAUGGGGAAAAUGUUUAAAUUGUCUCCAUUGUCUUUUUGUAAAUGUUUUUUUAUUUUUUAUUUUUUACAUUGGAUUAUGGGUAAAAUUUGACUUAGAAAUUUUUCAUAAGAUUCACCACAAAAUGGUCUUGUUUAGGCCAAGUAUAUGGUGUUAAAGUUAAGCUUGCCUAGUGUUAUAAACGGUACAGUAAUAAAAUACAUACUGCAUUUCAUCUGAUGAGGAACAGAUCCCUCCCCCAAAACUGAAUAUUCGGUCGCCUUGAGAAACCAUCUCCAACCAGAGAAACUCCACUGCCCCAAAUCUGUCAUAUCAUCUCCAGUUCAUCUUCAGCGGUACCCCUCCUCUUUGAGCUGUACUUGAGGAGGGAAUACCCAGUCGUGCACAAAAUUCGCCCGACUGACCUACAUAUCUCGUUAAAUACACUGAGCCUGAAGCUUUAAUCCCAUCUUCUCCAAUUUUAAACUUUUUUAAUUUGCCUUAGUACUUGCCACAUCAUGUAUUCCAUUCAGAAUGACAGUAUGUGAAAGCUUGUGUUGCUAGAAAAAAUGUAUUACAUAAAACAUUUCUACUAAGAAAACAGUACUGUUACCAUGCACACCAUGUUACCAUGUUAAUUUGCAAUGUGUUGGUGUUACAGUAUUUCUAGAUUUGCAUCUGAAGUAAUGCUUGAGCAGUUACAUCAUUUGUCUUAGACCUGUUUACAUUAAUCUUAUGUUUCUUGUUUGUGCCAUGCUAAUUUACUUUCGCAUUAGGAAAAAAUCACUUCCGAGAUUCCAUGUCCUGUUGCUGCCAUCUUGAAUUACUUUUAACAAAUGGUUUUCACAAUGACUGAUAAUUAGCUUCUGUCUGAAUGCCUCAGCUUAGUGGUUGCAUGGGCCUGUUGUCAGCAUGCAAGGCAGACCAACUUGCAUGUGGUUCCCUUAACCAGACAACACCAUAAAAUAUGGCAGUUUAAAGACUGUUAGUGGUGCCUUUCUCUAGGUUUAACGCACAAUGUCCCUAAAUGUGUUGCUGUGAGUGAGCAAAGGAAAACCAAAACUGUAGCUGCAAGAAUUAGGUUCUUUCACAAAGUGAAUGAUUCUCAUUCAAAUAUGACAACUUUGUUUUGUUCUUAGUAACAUUUACUAAUGACACUUCCCAAUAGGUAUCAUGUUAACAUGUGACAUACUUAAAGACUUUUAUUUACUAUUAAUAAGGCACAUAUCUAUUUUUGGAAGUUUAUUUGAAUUCAGUCAUGAUACUUCUGCCUAUUUUCAAUUGAAAAGAUGAGUUAAUUAGUUUUAAGGUGAAGACAAAGUGCAGAGCAUUAAAAUGCUAGGUAUAAAAGUGAGGCAUUCUGAGUCAUCCGUUGAUGUGCUGUGCUGUAGAGGGUUCCCACAGUCAUGGAAAACCUGGAAAUAUCAGGGAAUUUCACAUUUUUCAUUUCCAAGCAAACGUUAUGGGAGUUAAAAGGUUCUGCUGCUUGGAAACGAUGUGUAUGGUGAAAAGCGCUAUACAGAUACAAAUGACUCGACUUAAUAAAGUCAUGGAAAAAUCAUGUCAAAAGUUAUCACAAAUGACUGGAAAGUCAUGCAAAAGUUAUGGAAAUUGAUUGCUCAAAAGGAGUGGGAACACUGGCAAUACCAAAUAAGACUUUUCACCUUUGUUUACACAUAAGGGCUAAGAAUAAUACUGCCCUCUGGUGGCCAUAAAUGGCCUACGCAUCCACACCAUCUCCCUCUGUUGGUCAGUGCAGGUAUUGAUCACUAACUGGAAUGAAGAAUAAGCAGGCAAAACUGAAAAUUAGUCUUGGGCUACUAUCAAGCUGGCAGACAGGAAGCUUUUUGGUGUUAAUGUGGAUGUAACCACAUUUGUCAAUGUUUUCUCAUACGUGCUACAACAUAUCUUCUGUCUUUUAUGUCAUUUUAGCCAUUUCCAACUCUAGCUUGCACUAGCAGCCCUGCACCAAAGGAUCACUUAAAUCAGUGUACUUUAAGAAAUUCACAACCUUGGAUCCGCACACACGCGUGUUGUCUCGUGCUAUACUCUGCUGUAAUCAGUUGUGACAUGCCUUUUGAGUGUUAUAAGCAUUAUCACUCAUGAAUUUGAAUACUUGAUUAUCAACAGCAUUACACUUCUGUUCAUUUUCUCUACUGCUGGGAAAUGCAUUAAAGGGAUAGUUUAUCUAAAAGUGAAAAUGUUGUCAUUUACUCACCCUCAUGUCAUUCCAAACAUGCGUGACUUUUUUUUCUGCUGUGGAACACCAGAAGGAUGAAAAAGAACCACAAAAGUGGUCCUGAAAACGUAUGUGCUAUAUUCCAAGUCUUCUGAAGCCAUACGACAGCUUUGUGAUAGACUAAAAAUACUUAUUCACUGAACAUCUUCCUUGACAGCUGUGGUCACCAUCCACUCUCAUUGUAUGGACAUUCUUCUCUAAAUAACUAAUUUUGUGUUCCAUGGAAGAAAGAAAGCCAUUUGGGCUUCAAAAGACAAAAGGGUGAGUAAAUAAGACAGAAUUUUCAUUUUUGAGUGGACUACUCCUUUAAAUUCUUAUAUAUCUGUUGUACAGCUCACUGUAUAUUAGCACUUAUGUAAAGAGUUUUAUAAUAAAUAAUAUCAAGUGUACAGAAACUGCCAUCCACAACAUACUGUACUCAAAUUGCCGUGGUCUCUCAUCUGUUUCUAAUCUGUGUUCUAUAAUUUGUCUCUCUUCUUUUAAUCUCUCCUCUGCCAGUGACCCAAGGCUGUGCUGUGAAGCGCUCAGACUUUUGCUGUUAAGUUGAACCUACCCGAAGCUAAUGCAUUGCAGUAUAUAAGACCUUGUUGGUCUGAUAAUAGGAUGUUGUAUGGUACUUGCACGAUUACUAAGGCACUUGGAGCAUCCCUGUACUUAAAUAGACUAUUUGAUGUUUCUGGAAGUGUGUUUUGGGAAUGUAUGCUAAAUUGGGUGUGCAUUGUACGUAUGUCACAUUGGUUUGUUUAUUGUAUGUGUGCUAAGAUAACAGAAAAUAUAGGCUUUCUCCUUUUCCGGACACCGUGUUCAACAGAAUAAAAAAGUGCUGUCUGUCUGUAGCAGUGGGUUGUGAAAACUGUUGUUUUGGGGUUUGUUCCUCCUCUAAACACUUUCGUCUAGUGAUGCUGUAAAAUGAGUGUUUGAAUGGUUGGAUUCCCCCCUGUGAUGUAAUCGUACACCAUCCCACUGUUUGGAUGUGAACCAUUCUUAAGUCCAAAUAAAUACAUUUUUUGACCUUAUAUGUAAUUGUUGUCAU